AUGGCUUCAACUGAUGAUUUAAAUCAGUUGGAACCAACUUAUAUGUACACCCAAAUAUUCAAGAAUAUUCUUCUUGAUAUGGAACAUGAUGAACAAGCGAUCAAACAAUUUACUUCAUACUGUCGACAAAAUAAAUCCGGAUCGGCAAUCAAUAUUGAUCGAUUUGAAAAGGAAUAUCAUGCUCAAUCUGCUAUUUGGUGGUAUACUUAUCCAUCAUUUAUCUAUUCUAUGCUGAAUUAUGCUCUUCGCUCUAUGGAAGGCGAUACCAUUAUUAAUAUGGGUUUUUUUAUUCAUGAUCUUCAUCAACAAAUACAACAUCUACACCAACAGCAGGUUGAUAGCUAUCAUGACAAACCAUUCAUAGUUUACCGGGGACAAGGUCUAUCCAAAACAAAUUUCGAGAAACUCAAAAAAACAGAAGGUGGUUUAAUAUCUUUCAAUAACUUUUUAUCCACUAGUAUCGAACAAGAGAUAGCUUUUGGAUUUGCUUUAAGUGCGUCAGAAAACGCGGAUAUGAUUGGCAUUUUAUUUAUAAUGUCCAUUGAUCCGUGUAUAAAACCAGCAUCACUUGCCUCCAUCAAAGAGAAGAGUUACUUUAAAAAAGAAAAUGAAAUUCUCUUCUCCAUGCACACCGUUUUUCGUGUAGGUGCAAUUAAAGAGCUGGAUAUAACCAAUCAACUUUAUCAAGUUGAACUACAAUUAACAUCGGACGAUGAUCAACAACUACGAUUGUUUACAGAUCGGAUAAGAGAAGAAGUUGGUGGUACUGGAUGGCAGAGAUUGGGUGACUUAUUACUGAAAAUUGGUCAAUUUAAUAAAGCUGAAGAAUUUUAUAAUGUAUUACUCGAACAAACAUCUCAUAAAGAUGAAAAGCAAUAUUAUUACAAUCGGCUGGGAUAUGUGAAAGAUGAACAGGGUGAUUAUGAAAAGGCUAUUUGGUAUCACGAACAAGGACUUGAAAUUGAACAAAAAACUCUUCCUUCCAAUCAUCCUUCGUUGGCUACUUCAUACAGUAACAUCGGUAGUGUGUAUGACAAAAUGAGAGAGUACUCGAAAGCGAUUUCAUAUUACGAAAAAGCACUUGAAAUUUUUCAAAAAACCCUUCCUUCAAAACAUUCUGAUGUGGCUACUUCAUACAACAACAUUGGUAAUGUAUAUAACCACAUGGGAGAGCACUCUGCAGCAGUUUUAUUUUAUGAAAAAGCACUUGAAAUUUUUCAAAAUACUCUUCCUUCAAAUCAUCCUUCGUUGGCUGCUUCAUACAACAACAUCGGUACUGCGUAUAACACGAUGGGACAGUACUCGAAAGUACUUUCAUU